GAGCUCUGCUCCCCGGGCUUGCGAACCCGCGCGGGUGCGGGCACCCGCAGCCAGGGUGAGGGGCCGGGGACGUGGCGCGGCUGAGCUCGGGGACCGGGUCCGGCUGGAGCUGCUCCGCCUUCUGACUUCGGGACACCCAGAUUUCGGGAUUUCUCUCCUGGGCGGGGAGCGCGCCCUAACUUCCUCAUUCCCGCCGGGACCCUAGCUUCCAGCCCAUCUGGCCUGACUUUGAGCCCCGCUGUCACCCGGAUUCCUCCCUUGGACUUACAUCGCCCCAGUUCGAGGCCAUCCCAGCUUGGCUAGGAUGACUGCAACCCCGGAGAACCUCUUUCCCUAUGGGGACUACCUGGACUCCAGCCAGUUACACAUGGAGCCAGAUGAGGUUGACACUCUGAGGGAAGGAGAGGAUCCAGCUGAUCGAAUGCACCCCUUUCUGGCCAUCUACGACCUUCAGCCUCUGAAAGUGCACCCGUUGGUGUUUGCUCCUGGAGUUCCGGUUACAGCCCAGGUGGUGGGCACCGAAAGAUACGCCAGUGGAUCCAAGGUGGGAACCUGUACUCUAUAUUCUGUCCGCCUGACUCAUGGUGACUUCAGCUGGACAACCAAGAAGAAAUUCCGACAUUUUCAGGAGCUGCAUCGGGACCUCCAGAGACACAAAGUCUUAAUGAGUCUGCUCCCUCUGGCCCGCUUUGCCGUGGCCUAUUCUCCAGCCAGAGAGGCAGCCAAUGAGGACAUUCCCUCCCUACCCCGAGGAGGUUCUGAGGGCUCCACCAGACACACAGCCAGCAAGCAGAAAUACCUGGAAAAUUACCUAAAUCGCCUCCUGACCAUGUCUUUUUACCGAAAUUACCAUGCCAUGACGGAAUUUCUAGAAGUCAGUCAACUUUCCUUUAUCCCAGACCUCGGCUCCAAAGGACUGGAAGGGGUGAUCCGGAAGCGCUCAGGCGGGCAUCGAGUUCCUGGCUUUACCUGCUGUGGCCGAGACCAAGUUUGUUAUCAGUGGUCCAAGAGGUGGCUGGUGGUGAAGGACUCCUUCCUGCUGUACAUGCGCCUGGAGACCGGCACCAUCUCAUUUGUUCAGCUCUUCGACCCCGGCUUUGAGGUGCAGGUGGGGAAAAGGAGCACAGAGGCGCGGUAUGGGGUGAGGAUCAACACCUCCCACAGGUCCCUGAUUCUCAAAUGCGGCAGCUACCGGCAGGCACGGUGGUGGGGCCAGGAGAUCACGGAGCUGGCACAGGGUCCAGGCAGAGAUUUUCUUCAGCUCCAUCGGCAUGACAGCUAUGCCCCACCCCGGCCCGGCACCAUGGCCCGGUGGUUUGUGAAUGGGGCAGGUUACUUUGCUGCUGUGGCAGAUGCCAUCCUGCGUGCUCGAGAGGAGAUUUUCAUCACAGACUGGUGGUUGAGUCCUGAGAUUUACCUGAAGCGUCCAGCCCAUUCCGAUGACUGGAGACUAGACAUCAUGCUCAAGAGGAAGGCGGAAGAAGGUGUCCGUGUAUCCAUCCUGCUGUUUAAGGAAGUGGAACUGGCCUUAGGCAUCAACAGUGGCUAUAGCAAGAGGAUUCUGAUGCUGCUGCACCCCAACAUAAAGGUGAUGCGCCACCCAGACCUUGUGACACUGUGGGCCCAUCAUGAGAAGCUCCUGGUGGUAGACCAAGUAGUGGCUUUCUUGGGGGGGCUGGACCUUGCCUAUGGCCGCUGGGAUGAUGUGCAGUACCGACUGACUGACCUUGGGGACCCCUCGGAACCCGCAGCCUCACAGAUUCCCACACCAGGGGCAGACCCUGCAGCCACCCCAGACCUGUCCCACAACCGAUUCUUCUGGCUGGGAAAGGACUACAGCAAUCUCAUCACCAAGGACUGGGUGCAGCUGGACCGGCCUUUUGAAGAUUUUAUUGACAGGGAGACCACACCCAGGAUGCCAUGGAGGGAUGUUGGAGUGGUUGUACAUGGCACAGCCGCCCGGGACCUUGCCCGGCACUUCAUCCAGCGCUGGAACUUCACGAAGACCACCAAGGCCAAGUACAAGAUACCCAUGUACCCCUACCUGCUGCCCAAGUCCACCGGCACAGCAAACCAUCUCCCUUUCACAAUCCCAGGCGGGCAGUGCGCUACUGUGCAGGUCUUGAGGUCUGUGGACCGAUGGUCAGCAGGGACUUUGGAGAACUCCAUCCUCAAUGCCUACCUCCACACCAUCAGAGAGAGUCAGCACUUUCUGUACAUUGAGAACCAGUUCUUCAUUAGCUGCUCAGAUGGGCGGACAGUUCUCAACAAGGUGGGCGAUGAGAUUGUGGACAGGAUCCUGAAGGCCCACAAACAGGGGCAGUGCUUCCGGGUCUACGUGCUUUUGCCUUUGCUCCCUGGCUUUGAGGGCGACAUCUCAACAGGAGGUGGGAACUCCAUCCAGGCCAUUCUGCACUUCACUUACAGGACCCUGUGUCGUGGGGAAUAUUCAAUCUUACAUCGUCUCAAAGCAGCCAUGGGGACAGCGUGGCAGGAUUACAUGUCCAUCUGUGGGCUUCGCACACAUGGAGAGCUGGGCGGGCACCUGAUUUCUGAGCUCAUCUAUAUCCACAGCAAGCUGCUCAUUGCAGAUGACAGGACUGUCAUCAUCGGUUCUGCGAACAUCAAUGACAGGAGCUUGCUGGGGAAACGGGACAGUGAGCUAGCCAUACUGAUUGAGGAUACAGAAAUGGAGCCAUCCCUCAUGGACGGGGUGGAGUACCAGGCAGGCAGGUUUGCCCUGAGUUUGCGGAAGCACUGUUUCAGUGUCAUUCUUGGGGCAAAUACCCGGCCAGACCUGGAUCUCCGAGACCCUGUCUGUGAUGACUUCUUCCAGCUGUGGCAAGAAACAGCUGAGAACAAUGCCAACAUCUAUGAGCAGAUCUUCCGCUGCCUGCCGUCCAAUGCCACGCGUUCCCUGCGGACUCUCCGGGAGUACGUGGCCGUGGAGCCCUUGGCCACGGUCAGCCCUUCUUUGGCCCAGUCUGAACUCACUCACAUCCAGGGCCACCUAGUUCACUUCCCCCUCAAGUUUCUGGAGGAUGAGUCCUUGUUGCCCCCACUGGGGAGCAAGGAGGGCAUGAUACCUUUAGAAGUGUGGACAUAGCCAAGGCUUCAGCCUGGCAGCAGCCAUAGCCGCCGGGCCCCACUGUGCCUGAUCCUUGCCUCAAACCCCGAGUUCCGAGGGCAGUGCCCCUUGAUCCCUAGAGAGGACAUCUCUGAGGAGUACUAGAGAAUCACAGAGGACCUUUACUUGAGAAGUAACCCAAGGGAGCACUCCCCAGCCAGGCCUGGGGGAGGCAGGAGAGAGUUCUAGAGAGGUUUGCCCUCCCACCACCUAGUUCACCACUGCAUAAAAGCCUCUCUUACUAGGAGGCCUGAGGUCAAACCUUUCACUCCAGGAAAAGGGGCUCCUGUCCUGGGUCCUUCCUCAUCUCACUCUUCCUCCUGCCCUUGAGCCCCCUAUGUGCCCCCAGGGCCUCUCCUAGCCCAUCACUGCCAAGAUGGAGGGAGUAUGGAGCCACUUUUGACUGCAGUCCCCCGCCAACGGUGGUGGGGACAACACCAUAACGCCCUCCACCCGCCUGCCGACAAACACUAACUUUGUACCAGUUCAUCAAACAUUUCAUAAAUAAAAGUGUAGAAAAGGCCCGUGCCUCUUCUUGGCAGA